GGGUGUUGGUAUAUUUAUCCCAGAAUUCAAUAUAUGUAUAUCUAAAAGAAUUUCGAAUCAGUUAUCAGUUUACACAGCAGAGGUGGUGGCCAUUAUUAUAUGCUUGCAGUGGGUGGAGGAAGUCAGACCAGAACGGGUGGUGGUGUGCACUGACUCUGCAGCAGCUUUACAAAGUAUACAGACAACUAAUUCAGACAGAGAAGAUCUUCUAAUGGAAAUACAGCAUAGCCUAUUUAGACUACAUCGGGGUGGUGUGGAUGUACAGUUUUGUUGGGUACCAGCACAUGAGGGGGUGAAAGGGAAUGAGAUGGCAGACAAAUUAGCCAAAGCAUCACUUAAGGGAGAAAUAGCACUGCAUAUUCAAUUAGGCAGAGGAGAAGGGGAAACAAUAAUUAAAAGGAAAGGACUGGAAAAAUGGCAGAAAAAGUGGGAUGAAGAUAAGAAGGGUAGGGGAUUUCAUAAAAUUCAAAAAUCAGUGAAAGUUAAUAGCUACGAAGAAAGGAGCAGGAGGGAAGAAAUUGUCAUCUCACGUUUACGAGUAGGACACACUGGGCUUAACAAUAUCAUGUAUCUGUUAGGGAAACGAGGAGAUGAUCUAUGUGAAACAUGCAGAGUUAAAGAAACCGUGGAACAUGUGGUGAUGCAGUGUAGGAAAUUUGCAGUGGAAAGGGAAAUGUUGGAGAGGAAAGUUAAGGAGUCGGGUAGGAAGUGGAGUCUAGUUGGAAUGUUGGGAACAGAAGGAGAGGGGGAAGAGAUAAGGAAAGGGAGGAGGGCGCUACUUGUGUUCCUGAGGGACACAGGGUUAUUAAAUAAGAUAUAAAUAGGUAAAUAGAAAUGACUGAAUGAUGAUACACACUCUUGUGCAGUAGGUGGCGGUAUGCACCUUAAGUUGUUUGCGACCCGCCAUUUAAAAAGAGAGAAGAAGAAGAAGAAUCCCAAACCGCCCCCUACACACUAUCCCUACACACUACCCCUCUGUUUGCGCGUUGCCGUGGAGGGUCCUCCAUAUUAAGGGCCGUCCCAAACCGCAUAGUGCGGAGGGAGAGUGGACUGUUCAGCCCUUAAAUAGCGAGUCUGCAUCGAUGCUCACUCCGGACAACUUUUUCAGGAAGUGCAACGUCAAAAUGGAGGAGGAAACAACAUAUUGAUAAAUGUAAACACAGCAAUGGAGUGAGAUGUCGGACCUCUGAGGAGGAUAAGGAUGGUUCGGCAACAACAGCAAAAAGAGAUGAAUCGCUCAAUUGUGAUGAAUGUGGCAAGACUUUUAUCACAGCAACAAAGCUAAGAAUUCACAAACGUAUUCGCACUGUGGAAAAACCAUUCAGCUGUGAUCAUUGUGGAAAGGCUUUUAUGCGGAAGAGUAAUCCAGCAAAUCAUCAACUCAUGCACAGUGGAGUUAAACCAUUCAGCUCUGAUCAGUGUGGAAAGACUUUUACUCAGAAGAUUACUCUAGCAAAUCAUCAACUUAUUCACAGUGGAGUUAAACCAUUCAGCUGUGAUCAGUGUAGCAUACCCUCCGAAAGAUGAGUGACGGCAGCCUGCAGACACAGAGGAGGAUUUUCUCUCAGACCUGGUCCACAUAUAGCAGAGAGCUGCAGAGGAAGAAGCUGAGUGAGUGGAACUUUGGUUUACUUUGAUUCAGACAUAAAAUGAUUCAAGCUGAAGGAAAUUCUUGUUGAGAAAAUAAAAGGACACGACAGUAAAGCUGAAGUUCCUCAAUUAACUCAGAUCCUGCUUGGUAGUCCAGACCUCAGAGCUGAUUCAUGGUUCAGCCUCCAUUUUACUCUGAACAAAAACAGAAACUCAACACUUUUGUUUCUGCUUCCAUUUUUCUCAGACUUCUUCUAUGAACACUAAAGGUCUGUUUCUCUCCAAUAUUGUCCACAGAUGUGUCUAAAUGUGUGUUAGUGAGAACUUCUCCUCUGUCCAGAUAAUCCAUCCUUCUCACAGCUGUGGCAGAUCCAGAUGCUGAUCAGACAGCUGGAUUAUUGCUCAGGUGUGCCUCAGGCUGGCCUCAAUAAAGUCAGUUUGUGACUGCUGGAGGAAGCAGUGUGUUGAUCAGAAGCUGCAGUUUGUGACUCUGCUGCUCCUUCAGUCAGGUGGAGUCCUGACUGGUUCCAGGAAACAGAUCACCUGUCUGAGCGUCCAGGAGUGGACUGGAAACUUUCUUCUUCUUCAGCGCUUUGAAUAAAGUGUGAAGGUAGAAAGUGUGUGUGAGCUGCUGUGAGUUGAGCAUCAUGGAUGAGUGUGAGGACAGAGAGGAAGGAGUCCCUCUCUCUAAAAGCUCUCUGUGUGGGGAACAGGAGAACCAGAGCAAAGCUCAGAGGAAUCCACCUGGACCUGGACCUGGACCUGGACCUGGACCUGCAUCCAGCUGUGUGUCCUUAAAUAGUGACCAGUCUAAGGAUCGCUUCAUUGACUUUAAAGAUCAUGAACCUCCUGCUGCAGAGGGCAUCCAUCAGAGACCAGAGUCCUCUGGACCUGGGCCUGCAUCCAGCUGUGUGUCCUUCAAGAGUGACCGGUCUAAGGGUCUUCCUAUCUAUUUCAAAGGAGAACCAGGUCCUGCUGCAGAGAGAGUGGAGCAGCAGAACUCAGAGGUUCCCAGAGCUCAGUCUGUCCAGCAGCCUCACCUGGACUCCAUAUUCAUGCUGCUGGAGGACAACAUGGUGACUUUUGUGAAGAAGGAGCUGAAGAAGAUGCAGAAGCUUGUGAGUCCAGUUUCUCCAGAACGCUCCGAGAGUCAGAGGGAGGAUGAGGAGGAAUUGGAGGGUGAUGAUGAAGAUGAGAGGAGCAGCAGAGAGAUGUUUCAGCAAAUCACAGUGUUGUUCCUGAGGAGGAUGAAGCAGGAGAAGCUGGCUGACAGUCUGCAGAGCAAACUUCCUGCAGUUUGUGGACGUGAACUUAAAUGUGCUCUGAAGAAGAAGUUCCAGAGAGUGUUUGAGGGCAUUGCUAAAGCAGGACAGCCGACCCUCCUGAAUGAGAUCUACACAGAGCUGUACAUCACAGAGGGAGGGACUGCAGAGGUCAAUGAUGAACAUGAGGUUAGACAGAUUGAAUCUGCAUCCAGGAAAGCAGACAGAGCAGAAAGAAGCAUCAGAGCAGAAGACAUCCUUAAAGGCUCACCUGGAAGAGAUGGACCAAUCAGAACAGUGAUGACAAAGGGAGUGGCUGGCAUCGGGAAAACAGUGUUAACACAGAAGUUGACUCUGGACUGGGCUGAAGACAAAAGCAACCAGGACAUCCACUUCAUGUUUCCAUUGACUUUCAGAGAGCUGAAUGUGGUGAAAGAGAGAAAGUUCAGCUUGGUGGAACUUGUUCAUCACUUCUUCAGUGAAACCAAAGCAGCAGGAAUGUGCAGCUUCGAAGACGUCCAGGUUGUGUUGAUCUUUGACGGUCUGGAUGAGUGUCGCCUUCAAUUGGACUUCUACAACAAUGAGGUCCUGACUGAUGUUAGAGAGUCCACCUCAGUGGAUGUGCUGCUGACAAACCUGAUCAGGGGGAAUCUGCUUCCCUCUGCUCGCCUCUGGAUAACCACACGACCUGCAGCAGCCAAUCAGAUCCCUCCUGACUGUGUGGACAUGGUGACGGAGGUCAGAGGGUUCACCGACCCACAGAAGGAGGAGUACUUCAGGAAGAGAUUCAGAGAUAAGAGGAAGGCCAGCAGCAUCAUCUCCCACAUGAAGACAUCACGAAGCCUCCACAUCAUGUGUCACAUCCCAGUGUUCUGCUGGAUCACUGCUACAGUUCUGGAGGAGCUGCUGAGAGCCAGAGAGGGAGGAGAUCUGUCCAGAACCCUGACUGAGAUGUUCAUCCACCACCUGGUGGUUCAGGCCAAAGUCAAGAAGGUCAAGUAUGAUGGAGGAGCUGAGACAGAUCCACACUGGAGUCCAGACAGCAGGAGGAUGAUUGAGUCUCUGGGAAAACUGGCUUUUAAUCAGCUGCAGAGAGGAAACCUGAUCUUCUAUGAGUCCGACUUGACAGAGUGUGGCAUCGAUGUGGAAGCAGCCUCAGUGUACUCAGGAGUGUUCACACAGAUCUUUAGAGAGGAGAGAGGACUGUACCAGGACAAGGUGUUCUGCUUCGUCCAUCUGAGCGUUCAGGAGUUUCUGGCUGCUCUUCAUGUCCAUCAGACCUUCAUCAACUGUGGAAUCAACCUGCUGGAAGAAGAACAACAAACAACAUCCAACAAAUCUGAUCCAACAGUUUUCUACCAGAGAGCUGUGGACGAGUCCUUAAAGAGUCCAAAUGGACACCUGGACUUGUUCCUGCGCUUCCUCCUGGGUCUGUCACUGCCGACCAAUCAGAAUCUCCUACGAGGCCUGCUGACACAGACAGGAAGUAGCUCACAGACCAAUCAGAAAACAGUGGAGUACAUCAAGGAGAAGAUCAGUAAGAAUGUGUCUGCAGAGAGAAGCAUCAAUCUGUUCCACUGUCUGAAUGAACUGAAUGAUGUUUCUCUAGUGGAGGAGAUCCAACAGUCCCUGAGAUCAGGACAUCUGUCCACAGAUGAACUGUCUUCUGCUCAGUGGUCAGCUCUGGGCUUCAUCUUACUGUCAUCAGAAGAACAUCUGGACAUGUUUGACUUGAAGAAAUACUCUGCUUCAGAGGAGGUUCUUCUGAGGCUGCUGCCAGUGGUCAAAGCCUCCAAGAAAGUUGUACUGAGUGGCUGUAAUCUGUCAGAGAGAAGCUGUGGAGCUCUGUCCUCAGUCCUCAGCUCCCAGUCCUCCAGUGUGACAGAGCUGGACCUGAGUAACAACAACCUGCAGGAUUCAGGAGUGGAGAGUCUUUCUGCUGGACUGGAGAGUCCACACUGUAAACUGGAAGCUCUCAGACUGAGUGGCUGUAAUCUGUCAGAGAGAAGCUGUGGAGCUCUGUCCUCAGUCCUCAGCUCCCAGUCCUCCAGUGUGACAGAGCUGGACCUGAGUAACAACAACCUGCAGGAUUCAGGAGUGGAGAGUCUUUCUGCUGGACUGGAGAGUCCACACUGUAAACUGGAAGCUCUCAGACUUAAUAACUGUAAUCUGUCAGAGAGAAGCUGUGGAGCUCUGUCCUCAGUCCUCAGCUCCCAGUCCUCCAGUGUGACAGAGCUGGACCUGACUCACAACAACCUGCAGGAUUCAGGAGUGGAGAGUCUUUCUGCUGGACUGGAGAGUCCACACUGUAAACUGGAAGCUCUCAGGCUGUCAGGCUGUCUGGUCACAGAGGAAGGCUGUGCUUCUCUGGCCUCAGCUCUGAGCUUGAAGACCUCAAAUCUGAGAGAGCUGGACCUGAGCUACAACCAUCCAGGAGACUCAGGAGAGAAGAUGCUGAGAGCUAAAGUGGAGGAUCCACACUGUAGACUGGAAACUCUCAGGGUGACGCCUGCUGGAGUCCGAUGGUUGACACCAGGUCUGAGGAAGUAUUCCUGUCAACUCACAGUCGACACAAACACAGUACACAGAAACCUCAAACUGUCUGACAACAACAGGAAGGUGACAAAUGUGAUGGAGGAUCAGUCGUAUCCUGAUCAUCCAGACAGGUUUGAAUUCUGGAAACAGCUGCUGUGUGGAACUGGUCUGACUGGUCGCUGUUACUGGGAGAUGGAGUGGAGAGGAGGGGUUGACAUAUCAGUGAGUUACAGAGGAAUCGGAAGGAAAGGAAACAGUGAUGACUAUGUGUUUGGACGUAAUGAUCAGUCCUGGUGUCUGAUCUGCUCUGAUGGUGAUAUUUACUCUGUACAUGGUGGUUACUAUGUCAGACACAAUAACAUUCAAACAUCCAUCAGUUCCUCAUCAGACUCUCACAGAGUUUCAGUUUAUGUGGACGUUCCUGCUGGAACUCUGUCCUUCUACAGAGUCUCCUCUGACUCUCUGAUCCACCUCCACACCUUCAACACCACAUUCACUGAAACUCUCUAUCCUGGUUUUGGGUUCUGGUAUUCUGGUUCCUCCUCAGUGUCUCUGUGCUGAGUUGAGUCUCCAGAGUCUCCUCCUGGUAGAGAAACAGUGUUGAACAGAUAGCUGAGUCUCUCCAUGACUCUGUCCCUCACAAACAUGUUUUCACAUUCAUGGAUUAAAUGUGUUUCUUUGUCAAAUCCUUCUAAAUGAUUCCUUGUAAACUUGUUCCUCUUCAAAGAUGGAAGUUGUGAUUAUUCCAGGAGCCAAAUGUGGUGUUUGCAUCUUUUUCCAAUCAAAUGUUGAGAGUGAAAAUCAGGAUGUGGUGUUCCUCUGACGCUCACUUGAACUAAAAGCAUUUGAGCUGCACAAAGUGUGAAAUGAGAGAGGAAGCAGUGAAUCUCCAAACUGCUGACAGACUUUCACACAUUAUUGUCCAGUGAAAAUCAGCUUUUUGUGCAGCCACACUUGAUCCUGAUGUGAGUCUUUAAGUCCUGUUCUAGUGAUGAAAUGAGAACUUCCUUCAUCUUGUGUGUGAUGGAGAAGAAUAAAGGGCUGUGGCUAAAAA